AUGGUAGACAUACCCAAAUUUCAGAACCUCUCUUUGGAGCGACAUGGGAAUGUUUUCGUUUUGACUAUGCAAAAGCCACCCGAGAACCGGUUGAACUCAUGGUACUGCCAGGAAAUGAUUCGGGCCUAUCGUACAGUUGAAAGACUCUUAGGACCAGAAUCAGAGGGUGCUGUGAUUACAAGAGGCAAUGAUGCUAAAUUCUGGUGUACAGGAUUGGAGUUGGAAGAAUCGGACAAAAACCCAUUUGCCAACGCGGAUGGAUUCUAUCCUCUUAUCCAUACGAUCCUCGACUUUCCUUUCCCAACAAUUGCCCUCAUAACGGGACAUACUUUCGGCGGCGCAUGUCCCCUGGCUCUGGCUCACGACUAUCGCAUUAUGAACUCCCGCAGAGGAUUUAUCUCAAUGCCACCUGUGAAUCUCGGCUUGCACUUUGAAGGAAUUGGAUCUCUACCCCGACUCAAACUCCGCCCACAUGUUGCACGUAAGAUGCUCUUGGAGGCGCAUCGUUGGACUGCGAGAGAAGCCCUAGACGAUGGAAUUGUCGAUGCUAUUACAGAGCCAGAAAAUAUGCUCGACGCUGCGCUAGAACUUGGCGCAAAAUGGGCACCCAAGGCCAAGAUGGGUGUUUACGCUUUGCUACGACAGGAACUAUGGGGUGAUGCUAUUAAGAAGUUUCAGCGAAUCAGCUAUGUACACGGCAGAGUCACUUCGGCUCCUGCCAAAGUAAAGAUUUGA